GAGACCCCCCUGCGCCCACCCGGCCUCCCUGCUCCGCUUCCCUUCCCGGGGCUCCGGAGAGGGGAGCUCUAGGCGUGGGGCGCCGGGCCCACGUGGUGCGGCGCCGGGCGGGGCAGGCGGGGGCGCGGCGAGAGCUGCGGAGCUUUCUUUAUGGGUGGGGGGGCGGGGGCGGCCGGGCUCCGCCUCCGGGGGAUCGGGGCGCGCUCCGCCAAUGGGUAGCCGGGCGCGGGGCGGGGCCGCUGGGCCGCCGCUUAAAGAAACUUGUUGCGGGUCCCGGAGCGGGAACCGAGCGUCGGCGGCGGUGGCGGCGGCGGCGGCGACGGCGGCAGGGGCGAGGGUCGGGGCCACCGCGCGGCGACCUCGGGUCCCGGAGCGGCCGCAGGGCAGCCCUGGGCGCCGGCCCCGGUGCGCGUCUCCUGUGCGCGCCCCUCCGCGCGCGGCCCCGAUGCUGGACAUGAGUGAGGCCCGCUCCCAGCCGCCCUGCAGCCCGUCCGGCACCGCCAGCUCCAUGUCGCACGUGGAGGACUCGGACUCGGACGCGCCGCCGUCUCCUGCCGGCUCCGAGGGCCUGGGCCGCGCGGGGGGCGCGGUGGGGGGCGCCCGGGGCGACCCGGCGGAAGCGGCGGACGAGCGCUUCCCGGCCUGCAUCCGCGACGCCGUGUCGCAGGUGCUCAAGGGCUACGACUGGAGCCUGGUGCCCAUGCCGGUGCGCGGCGGCGGCGGCGGCGCGCUCAAAGCCAAGCCGCACGUGAAGAGGCCCAUGAACGCCUUCAUGGUGUGGGCGCAGGCGGCGCGCCGCAAGCUGGCGGACCAGUACCCGCACCUGCACAACGCCGAGCUCAGCAAGACGCUGGGCAAGCUGUGGCGCUUGCUGAGCGAGAGCGAGAAGCGGCCCUUCGUGGAGGAGGCAGAACGCCUUCGAGUGCAGCACAAGAAGGACCACCCCGACUACAAGUACCAGCCACGGCGCAGGAAGAGCGCCAAAGCCGGCCACAGCGACUCGGACUCCGGCGCGGAGCUGGGACCCCACCCUGUCGGUGGUGCCGUGUACAAGGCUGAAGCAGGGCUUGGAGAUGCGCACCACCAUGGCGACCACACAGGGCAGACCCACGGGCCGCCCACCCCGCCCACCACCCCCAAGACAGAGCUGCAGCAGGCGGGCGCCAAGCCGGAGCUGAAGCUGGAGGGACGCCGGCCGGCGGACAGCGGGCGCCAGAACAUCGACUUCAGCAACGUGGACAUCUCGGAGCUCAGCAGCGAGGUCAUGGGUACCAUGGACGCCUUUGACGUCCACGAGUUCGACCAGUACCUGCCCCUGGGCGGCCCCGCCCCACCCGAGCCCGGCCAGGCCUACGGGGGCGCCUACUUCCACGCCGGGGCGUCCCCCGUGUGGGCCCACAAGAGUGCCCCGUCGGCCUCCGCGUCGCCCACCGAGACGGGUCCCCCGCGCCCACACAUCAAGACAGAGCAGCCGAGCCCAGGCCACUACGGCGACCAGCCCCGAGGCUCGCCCGACUACGGUUCCUGCAGCGGCCAGGCCAGCGCCGCCCCGGCCGCCCCCACCGGCCCCUUCACCGGCACACAGGGCGACUAUGGCGACCUGCAGGCCUCCAGCUACUAUGGCGCCUACCCCGGCUACGCACCCGGCCUCUACCAGUACCCCUGCUUCCACUCGCCACGUCGGCCCUAUGCCUCGCCCCUGCUCAACGGCCUGGCCCUGCCGCCCGCCCACAGCCCCACCAGUCACUGGGACCAGCCGGUGUACACCACCCUGACCAGGCCCUGAGGGCCCGGCUGCGGGGAGGGACUCGCGGGCGUCGGGGGGCAGCCUUGUCCCGGCCCAGUGUGCGUGGCCAGGGCGGGAGGGGCCCCGGUGGCUGAGCGCCAUCAAGUGCCUGCUGAAGUCUGCAGGGAAACAUGCUUGCCGCCUGUGGCCCUCGGCCUCCAGAUGGCCACACCUCCGCCGACGACAGAUCAGCUCCCUCUCCCUUCUCUCUUUCUUUUUGAGGUGGCGGGAUUAUUCCACAAAGAAGGGCUGCCGUUUGGUCCCUCUUCUGUGAGGACUGGCAGCACCAGCACCUUCGGUUUGCAUCUCGGUAGAGGAGAAACGGCAGCACAGCCCAAGGACCAAAGGAGGGGGUGGCAGGGGCCUUGCAGGGCGCUAUGAGGUCCAGGCCCUGAGGUCCAGGCUGGCCUUGGCGCUGAAAGCGCCUGCACUCACGGCCACAUUCCCUCGACAACGGCUGCACGGGCUGUCCGGGAUUCGGGGUGUCUGUCCGCACACCCACUGGGACGCGUCUGCUCGAGCAUCUCCGGGACCCGCCUGUCAGAUCUGAGGCGUCUCCUGGCUGACAGAGUGCGCCUGCGCAGUCUGGCUGUGAUUAACACAUCUCUCUUUUAUUUUUAUGUUUUUGAUAAUUUUUAUUUUUGAAGCUUAAAUGUGUUUCUUUUGAAAGCUGUUAAAGAUGUAUUUAUGUUCUGUAUUAUUUUAUCUUUAAUUAAUGAGGUAAUUCGGGCAAAGAGUAGAAUUUAAGACAAAACGGAAGCUGGGAAGCUUCCCUUGAGGGCAGGCAGGAGGUGGGGUUGCCGCUGUUGGCCGGCAUCACGUUGCUCGGCUUAUGGGAGGCCGCCCUGGAGGGCCUGGAGGUCCCAAGGUCCCUGGGAGGACUGGGCCCCUCAUGCCUGGAGCUUGGCAGCCAAAAACCCGAGGGAGGAGAAGGGAUCUGCCUUGUGAUAUCUCUGAUCAGGUUGGGGUGCCCCAGUACCAGUUUGGAGUUUGGGAAGCAGGACUCCGUCCCUGUGCCCGACUACGCCACGUGGUAGGACACAUAGGACACAGGAAUUCCUGGAUCCUUGCCCACGACUGUGCCACAUGGUAGGACACAGGAAUUCCUGGGAAGUGGUGGCUUCAGAAGUGAUCUUGGCUCGCAGGCGCCAGUGCCACCUACCAAGCUGUGAAACUAAACCUUCUCCACUAAACGUCGUUAGGGCCUUAGUUCUAGGCGAGUAAUACCUGAUUGACCUGCGCUGCUUCCCUUGUGUGCUGAGCAUAGAGCAUACAAUAGCGCCUACUUCACGGAACCUUGUGCCUUUAAACUUUGUAAAUUUAAACACACUCGAGAAGUUGCUUCUUUGUACUUUUUCUACUUUUCCUACUUUUUUGUAGAAAAAAGAGAUACUGUCUCUGCUUCUAUUUCUCUGGGGGUGGGGGUGGGGAGCGCCGCAGACCCGUUUUAUGCAGCGUCUCCCUCGGCACCGCGUUCGGAGGACGCACCCUCACUCGCCUGCUGCCUUCGCUCCUUUCUGACCAAGCAACGCUAACUUUUGUACAGAUUGAUUUGAUAAAAUUAAACAAAGUGCUUUUUAUGGA